AUGGCGCCUGGCCUCCUCACCGCCGCCGUGCUAGCCGCGGUGGCGGCGUCGCUCGCGGCCCACGUCACGCUCAACUGCCCCGUGCAGCCGGUGCCGUCGCAUCGCCCGCCGCCCACUCCGCCGCCCAACAACCUACUCCAGGUUAACGAACCGUCCCGCGAAAGCCUUUGAUCAAGCUCGGAGGACGUGUACGUGGACGCGGCGGCGGGCGGGGCGCUGGACACGGCCACGAGGGACGGCUGGCUGCAGCGGAUGAUGCACCCCAACAACGGCUCCUGGGAGCGGUGGCGCUUCGUCGGCGGCACGGGCCUGCUCGGGGUCGCGCCGUCCGCCGACGGCACCAUGCUCGUCUGCGACGCCGACAAGGGUCUUUUGAGGGUCGGUGACGAGGGAGUGACCCUUCUUGCUUCGGAGGUCGAGAGCUCCCCGAUCAGGUUCGCGGACGCGGCGAUCGAGGCCUCCGACGGCACGGUCUACUUCAGCGACGCCAGCACCAGGUACGUGCUCGACGACUCCCAGGGGAAGGUGAUCAACUUCGUCACGUCGGUGACUGAGUUCAACGGGGACAUCUUCCUCGGCAGCCUCGCGACCAACUUCGUCGCCAAACUAUCUUUGGCGCGGGUGGCACAGGAGCAGGGUGCAGUAUCUUCGUAGACGUUUGGGUUCUUCAUGUCAGUUUAGGCCUGUUUGUUUAUCCUUUAUAUUAUAUAAUCCAGUUUAAAUAAGUUAAUAGGCA